UGUUUAUCGACGGACCAGUUGAUCUGAUAUUUAAUUAUUAGCAAUUCUUUAAAACUUUUACGAGUCGAAAAAUGUUUAACUGUUUUUCUAUCUUUUUCAGUGACCUUAUAGGACAGGGCCAAAACAAAAAUGCUGAAUGAUCAAGCCAAUACGCAUUGGGAAUUCGCGGAAGUGCCAAAUCUAACACCUGAAUCAAAUUUGACAAUUAAUGAAAUUGAAAACUUUGAUUACUCAAAAUCUGAAAGCAAAGUAUUACAUGAAGAGUCUAGAUUCAUAAAAUUCAUUGAAUCAAAUGCUUUUAUUCCGUUUAUUGACAGCGAUAAUUCUAAGAACAGUACAUUUGAUUACAUUAUUAGUCCUAUAGACGUACACGUGGAACCCCAAGUAAUCUUCGAUGCAAAUAUAACUCGGAAGGCCAUUGGAGAUAAAUUGACAAAGAAAAGUACAAAACACAAAAGAAUAAUCACGUUUAAGAAUAUACAUUUUAAAUACAAAACACCGAAAUACACUAUGGAGAAGCGUUUUAAUACUCAUUAUAAAAAUCGAUACAGAAAAUCCAAACUGGAUGCUAAUUAUGUGAUAAAUUUUGAUACAAAUUUAUCUCAAUUAGUUUCAAAACCAAGAAAACUAAAGAAAGUGCUUGCCCAAGAAAACCUUUUAUUGAAGACUUCGUUUUGCUCAAAUGAAUUCAUAAUGAAUGCGAAUGAAAAUAGAUCAAUCAAAUCGACCUUAUCUGCAGAAUCGAGCUUUUUGAGCGCUUCAAGUAACAAAACCCUAACACUAAAUGAUUCUAUGUUUCCUAGUAUACAUUCUGUCAACUUAACAACACUUAAAUCACCGAAAAAUGUAAAUCCAUACAAAACAGAUGUUAUCAAUGUAGCUGUAGCUGUUGGGUGUAAUAAAACUAAAACAAUAAUACCUCCUUUUAACGUCAAUGAACAAGAUAGAUAUUAUUUUAAAAGCAACGAAACUAUUGUCCUCCCAAAUAUACCUCUAACAUCUCAAGUUAUAAUGGACAGUGAAAAUGUUUGUUUUAAUAAUGAAGUUAACAACCCUAAAAAGGAGAUCGAUUCAUUAAUUGGAACUAAAGAUACGAUGGAUAACUCCAGUUUUGGCGUUUCAUGCGAUAGCAGUGAUGCGUAUGUCAUUGCAAGGACUAGUUCAGAUUUCAACAGCUCAAAUUUGUCAACAAGUAUUCAAGAUUGUGAUAGCUCUGUAACAGAACGAGUGGGAAACAAAACUGAUGUUGAUUUAAAUACAAACAAAAUAACACGUAACAACACGGUAAUCAAUAUGGGAUUAGUUCCUGAUGAUAAUGUUACCAUAGUAGAAACGAAUAACAAUGUUGCUGUCACUAAAGAACUAAAGAAAUAUACUAUUGAUCAAAAUAAAAGUGAAAUUACAAUUAAUUUCAAUGCUAGAGAUGAAACAAAAAACGUUUUGAAAAAGAAUCUGGACGUACUCGAAGAUUUUGCUCCAAGAAAAAUGAUUAACUUACCAGAUAAUAAUUUUAUUAAUGCACAAAUAGGAGAAAACGCGAAGCCUUUUUCGGACGAUUUAAAGAGAUACACACCUGAAAGUUUGGCUGAUCUAUGGGAUAGAAUUGUUAUAAUGAUUGAUAUAGCUGUAAAACGUAUAGAGGAUACAAUUUACAAAAAAAUUGAGGAAUGGAAGGGAUAUUUAAACUCAUUUGAAAUUCAUAAGAGCCAUGGAGCUGAGCAGGAAGUAUCCAAAAUUAUUGAGCCUGGAAUCGAAGUCGUUUCAAGUAUCGAUGAAAAUUUAGAAGUAGCUCAAAAUAAAGUAGACGUAAACGAAUCGAUCCAAUGCAAUUUGAUAGAAAAUAGUAUAAUAGAUAAACUAGCAUUGAAACUUGGCGCUUCACAAAGUAUUAAGUCUAAGGAUUCUUUCAAAAGGUUGAGAACGAAAUUUUUCAGAGACUAUUUUGAAGUCAUAAAACCUCCAAACGAUCUACACAUCAACGAUGACAAUGAAACUUUAUCUAGACAAGACUACAUGCUCGAAAACGUGAAACAGUGGAAUCGUAUCAAAGCCGUUUUCGAAGUUCCGUUACAGUAUCUCAAAGAGAACGCAUUUGUGUUGGCCAGUGUUCCUAUGUUUUUCCUUAGCAUGCUAUGUCUCUAUGGUCUUAUUGUUUUGGUUUUGAACCCUUGA